GGGGGUGCCCGGUGCUGCGCGGGUGUCCCUCAAUGCUGCCGGGUGUUUUCAGUGCUGUCCGGGGGUCCCCGGUGCUGCUCGGGGGGCCCCCAAGGCUACUGAGGGGUCCCCAAUGCUGCUAGGGUGUCCCCAGCGCUGCUCGAAUGCUCCCAGUGCUGCUGGGCGUCCCCAGCGCUGCCCGGGGGUUCCCAGUGCUGUCCGGGGGUCCCCAAUGCUGCUCAAAGUUCCCCAGUGCUGUUCGGGGGUACCCAAUGCUGCCAGAGUAGCCCCAGUGCUGCCAGGGUGCCCCCAAUGCUGCUCUGGGGGUCCCCACUGCUGCUGAGGGAUCCCCAACGCCGCUCGGGAGUUCCCAGUGAUGCUUAAAGUUCCCAAAUGCUGCCAGGGUGCCCCCAGUGCUGCCCGGGGGUUCCCAGUGCUGCCAGGGUGCCCCCAGUGCUGCCCGGGGGUUCCCAGUGCUCUUCAAGGAUCCCCAAUGCUGCCCGGGGGUCCCUAAUGCUGCUCAAAGUUCCCCAGUGCUGUCUAGGUGCCACCAAUGCUGCUUGGGGGUCCCCAGUGCUGCCAGGGUGCCCCCAAUGAUGCUCAAGGGAUCCCCAGUGCUGCCUGGAGGUUCCCAGUGCUGCUCAAGGAUCCCCAGUGCUGCUCAGGGCUCCCCAAUGCUGCUUAAAGAUCCCGAGUGCUGCUCAGGGGUCCCCAGUGCUGCUGGAGUGUCCUCAGUGCUGUCUAUGUGCCCCCCAAUGCCGCUUGGGGAUCCCCAGUAUUAUCCAGGGAUCUCCAUUGCUGCUCGGAGUGCCCCUAGUACUGCCCAGGAGUCCCCAGUGCUGCCCAGGUGUCCCCAUUGCUGCUGAGUGACCCCAUUUUUGCCCCUCGCUGACCCCAUUUCUCCACAGGCAGCGAUGCCCGUGGAGCCCCUGGUCUGUGCUGCCACUGCCACGCGGGUGAGCUCUGUGCUUAACCGGGACGUGAAGCAGUUUGGGAAGAAGCACAUGUUCGACGCGAGCGAGGAGACGUGCUGGAACUCGGACCAGGGCACAUGCCAGUGGGUCACCCUGGAUUUCCCCCGCACCGUCAAGGUCUCGCAGCUCCACAUCCAGUUCCAGGGGGGAUUCUCCAGCCGGCUGUGCACGCUGGAAGGCUGCAGAGCAGGCGAAGAACUGGUGCAAAUAUCUGCCCUGUACCCCAAGGACAUCAACGCCAUGCAGAGAUUCCAGGUGGAGGAGACGGUGCUGGAUAAGCUGAAGAUCACCUUUGAGAACAGCACGGACUUCUUUGGGAGGAUCGUGGUGUACCACCUCGGGGUGCUGGGGGAGAGGCUCUAGGGCAGCGGCGAGGGGCAGCGGAGGGGCCCGUGUUCCCCCGUGGGGGGGAAAUGCGACAGCAAACCCUGCCAGCGGGGAUGUGCUGCUCCCAAUUGCACCCCAAGGUGCUGAGAGGAGGACCCCCCCACACACCACAGGGUGGCAGUUACAGAGAGACACUAGCACAGAGAUCCACGUGCUGGACACUGGUGGGACACAACCUUUGUAACCGGCUGAAUAAAUGGUGUCCACGCUC